AUGACUUCUGACGGAGGAAGUGCCGAAAGGACUUCGGUGCAAGUAGCUGUCCGCAUACGUCCAAUCACCAAUGAAGAUCUUGCCAACUUGCCGACUAGAUUUCAACGCUCGGUGUUAUCGACCUCACCGCUGACGCCAAACCAGGUGGUGGUGGCUGGUGAAAAAAAGCAAUCGUUUAAUUUCGAUCACGUUUUUGGCCCCGAGACAUCGCAAAAAGAGGUCUACGAUAAGGCCGUGCUGAGGCUGAUUGACAAAUUUUUGGAGGGUUAUAAUGUAACCAUUCUGGCCUACG